AUGUGGGUUGGAGCAGGUGAGAGGGGCAGGAUAGGUGGAUAUGGUGGGAACAUGUGGGUCGGAGCAGGUGAGACAGGCAGGAUAGGUGGAUAUGGUGGGAACAUGUGGGUCGGAGCAGGUGAGACAGGCAGGAUAGGUGGAUAUGGUGGGGACAUGUGGGUCGGAGCAGGUGAGACAGGCAGGAUAGGUGGAUAUGGUGGGAACAUGUGGGUCGGAGCAGGUGAGAGGGGCAGGAUAGGUGGAUAUGGUGGGAACAUAUGGGUUGGAGCAGGUGAGAGGGGCAGGAUAGGUGGAUAUGGUGGGAACAUAUGGGUCGGAGCAGGUGAGACAGGCAGGAUAGGUGGAUAUGGUGGGCACAUGUGGGUCGGAGCAGGUGAGAGGGGCAGCAUAGGUGGAUAUGGUGGGAACAUAUGGGUCGGAGCAGGUGAGACAGGCAGGAUAGGUGGAUAUGGUGGGAACAUGUGGGUCGGAGCAGGUGAGAGGGGCAGCAUAGGUGGAUAUGGUGGGAACAUAUGGGUCGGAGCAGGUGAGACAGGCAGGAUAGGUGGAUAUGGUGGGCACAUGUGGGUCGGAGCAGGUGAGAGGGGCAGGAUAGGUGGGUAUGGUGGGGACAUGUGGGUCGGAGCAGGUGAGACAGACAGGAUAGGUGGAUAUGGUGGGAACAUAUGGGUCGGAGCAGGUGAGACAGGCAGGAUAGGUGGAUAUGGUGGGGACAUGUGGGUCGGAGCAGGUGAGACAGACAGGAUAGGUGGAUAUGGUGGGGACAUAUGGGUCGGAGCAGGUGAGAGGGGCAGGAUGGGUGGAUAUGGUGGGAACAUAUGGGUCGGAGCAGGUGAGACAGACAGGAUAGGUGGAUAUGGUGGGGACAUGUGGGUCGGAGCAGGUGAGACAGCCAGGAUAGGUGGAUAUGGUGGGGACAUAUGGGUCGGAGCAGGUGAGAGGGGCAGGAUGGGUGGAUAUGGUGGGAACAUAUGGGUCGGAGCAGGUGAGACAGACAGGAUAGGUCGAUAUGGUGGGAACAUGUGGGUCGGAACAGGUGAGACAGACAGGAUAGGUGGAUAUGGUGGGGACAUGUGGGUCGGAGCAGGUGAGACAGACAGGAUGGGUGGAUAUGGUGGGAACAUAUGGGUCGGAGCAGGUGAGACAGGCAGGAGAGGUGGAUAUGGUGGGGACAUAUGGGUCGGAGCAGGUGAGACAGACAGGAUAGGUGGAUAUGGUGGGAACAUGUGGGUCGGAGCAGGUGAGACAGGCAGGAUAGGUGGAUAUGGUGGGAACAUGUGGGUUGGAGCAGGUGAGAGGGGCAGGAUAGGUGGAUAUGGUGGGAACAUGUGGGUCGGAGCAGGUGAGAGGGGCAGGAUAGGUGGAUAUGGUGGGAACAUAUGGGUCGGAGCAGGUGAGACAGGCAGGAUAGGUGGAUAUGGUGGGCACAUGUGGGUCGGAGCAGGUGAGAGGGGCAGGAUAGGUGGAUAUGGUGGGAACAUAUGGGUCGGAGCAGGUGAGACAGGCAGGAUAGGUGGAUAUGGUGGGGACAUGUGGGUCGGAGCAGGUGAGACAGGCAGGAUAGGUGGAUAUGGUGGGAACAUAUGGGUCGGAGCAGGUGAGACAGACAGGAUGGGUGGAUAUGGUGGGGACAUGUGGGUCGGAGCAGGUGAGAGGGACAGGAUAGGUGGAUAUGGUGGGGACAUGUGGGUCGGAGCAGGUGAGACAGACAGGAUAGGUGGAUAUGGUGGGGACAUGUGGGUUGGAGCAGGUGAGACAGGCAGGAGAGGUGGAAAUGGUGGGAACAUAUGGGUUGGAGCAGGUGAGAGGGGCAGGAUAGGUGGAUAUGGUGGGAACAUAUGGGUCGGAGCAGGUGAGACAGGCAGGAGAGGUGGAUAUGGUGGGGACAUGUGGGUUGGAGCAGGUGAGAGGGGCAGGAUAGGUGGAUAUGGUGGGGACAUGUGGGUUGGAGCAGGUGAGACAGGCAGGAUAGGUGGAUAUGGUGGGAACAUGUGGGUCGGAGCAGGUGAGACAGGCAGGAUAGGUGGAUAUGGUGGGGACAUAUGGGUCGGAGCAGGUGAGAGGGGCAGGAUAGGUGGAUAUGGUGGGAACAUAUGGGUCGGAGCAGGUGAGACAGACAGGAUGGGUGGAUAUGGUGGGGACAUGUGGGUCGGAGCAGGUGAGAGGGGCAGGAUAGGUGGAUAUGGUGGGAACAUAUGGGUCGGAGCAGGUGAGACAGACAGGAUAGGUGGAUAUGGUGGGGACAUAUGA